AUGGAUGGUGGCGCCUAUUACUUCAUUCCAUCAGUUUUCGAUAAGAAUGCUUGCAUUGCUAUAUCAGCACUUGUGAAUGCGAUGAUCGUUGAAGAUAGUGUUGCUCUAACUCGAUAUGUUUGUAAUGCUGCGUCACAGCCUCGAAUUAUGGGACUAUUUCCAAGAAGAAGUAAAAAAGGAAUCGAUAUGUUCGUGGGUAUUCAGUUACCAUUUUAUGAAGAUUUUCGUGGACUUGAUUUCCCACAACUGGAUAGUUCUCCAGCUGAAUCAAAAAAUGAUCAUCUUACCGCAAUGCAUGCAUUUGUUAAAGCAAUGGAUCUCACGAAAGCUCAUUUUAACUCGGAAACAGGACAGUUUGAGGAGACUCUACGUCCACGUGAUGUACCCAAUCCAAAGCUGCAAAAUGUUUGCAAAGCUAUGAAGUAUCGUGCACUGCAUCCAAACACUCCAUUGCCUGUUUUCGAGGAUAAGUUAUUGGGUGAUUUACUCGAGCCGAAUGUUUUGUUGCUGAAGCGCGCAAAUGAAUCGCUGAAUUAUUUGAAAGCCAAUCUUCCAAUGAUUGAAUCACCAAGCAAGAAACAGAACGUAAAAGAAAUGAAGCAAGACAUUUUACCCAGAAUGAGUACAGAUAACAGUGUUUUACCAGAAAAUGGCAAGUUUAUAAAGACUGAUGAAGUGGAUGCAUGA